AGAGCUUCAUCUGGGAAGACGAAGACCUUCCUUUCCAUCCAAGGGCUAUUUGAGCUACUCAAUUGGCAUUUCUUGAAGAAGGUGCUGCGACUCUCAUCUUGCGAAAAUAUGAAUUUGAUGACAGUCCGGGUUUUCAUGAUCGUGACGACGGGAUCAGUCAUUGCAGUCUGUGGCAUUCUGGAUACCGUCUCUACGAAAAGACUGGAUCAACUGGUCAUGGAAGAAACAGCUUUUCAAAAUCCCAGGAACUUUUCUUCCAAAGAUGUCUUAACUAUACUAGAGACCAUAAAAGACCUCAACGAUCGAAGUCUACAGUUUCUCCACAGUCCAGAGUAUGAAGAGACCGUGAAAUCAGCCAUGAAAAAGCUUUCCAGUGAGUUCAUUGGGUUGAUGGCCUUCAGUAACGCAGACGGAGCACCAUCGCUGAACCGAAUUCUCGAUGCAUCUACGAACAAACCGACCGUAGUGCUUAUGGACUUGCCAGAGGAGGCGAUCAAAAUUUUCAAAAAGAUGAAGGAGCAAAUGCUGAAAUCCCACUUGGUAAACUGGCUUCUGAUAUUGGAGGGGGAAGAAGCGGAGUCCAGUCUGGUGACUCUGGAGAAUCUGAUCGCAGAGGGAACUCGAGUUUUGAUCUUCACGAAGGAUUCCAGACAGGAUCUGCAUUUGUUUCGUUCUCAAGUUGAUCAAGCCGGGGUUACGCGUUACAGAGCUGUUUUGCCUCCCGACGGCAUCUGGGGGAAUCCACAGGCAGACGGAACCGUGAACGGCAUCAUUGGAAUGAUCGCCAGGAGGGAAGUGACUCUCGGAGUUGCAGCCCUCGGCAUUACAGUGAAUCGGGCAAGAGUAGUUGACUUCACCCUCCCCUACUUCAGCUCAAAAACAUCCAUAUACUCAAGGUCUCCUAAAGUGAAGAAUAAAGCACUAGCAAUUCUUAGCCCGUUCAAUCAGCAGGUUUGGCUUUCCUUGUGUGCGACUGUGCUGCUAAUGGGCCCUGUUAUGUACCUCUUUUCGUAUCUCAUGGGAGAUCUUGAGAGACGUGACGCCAGGUACUACAGUCUGCAGAGCUGCGCUUUCAAUGUGUUCCGCAGCUUCGUCAAUCAGGGCAACUUCCUCCCUGGAGGAAGUUUUUCUGAGAGGUGGAUUCUCCUUCUGUGGGUUUUCUUCUGCCUCGUCUUCUCCGCCUCAUACUCUGGAAUGCUAACAGCUGUGCUGGCCAUCCCUACAUACGAGACGCCAAUCGAUUCCUUGCACGAUCUCCCCAGAGCCAUCAAGGAGGGAUUCACUUUGGGCAUUAUAAAAGGAACCAGUUUAGAACAUUAUUUCAAGGAUGCUACCGAAGGCGCUUUCAAACAGACUUGGGAACUAUUCAAUCAUGAAGAGCCUUCAAAAAGCUUCAUUCCCGGAGCUUUGCAAGGAUUAGAAAAAGUACUCGAAGAGAAAUUUGCUUUCAUCGCUGACAGUGCUUACAUUGAAGUUGUUGGUCGCCGGUUGGGGAAGAGCAGGUUCCACUUCAGCCGAGAACAAUUCCUGCCUGGGGCUGCGGGAAUCGGCUGCCAAAUGGGCUCUCCAUUCAGGAAUGCACUAUCUCAAAUAAUACUUCGAUUAGUAGAGAUGGGUAUUAUCCCCAAAAAUAUUGAAGAUGAAUACAGGAAAAUUCGCAAAGACCCUUCAGCUCCAGAUGAGGAACCAAAGAAUUACUCAGUCACUCUUAUACAGCUCCAGGCUGCAUUCUACAUGACCACCUUGGGAGUGAAUAUAGCUACAGUCGUACUGAUUUUGGAAAAGAUUUCAUAUUUGGUUUCCAUGGAUGACAAUUCACCAAGAUAAACAACCCUUUUAACAGCAACACAGCCAUGUGAAUACGGAAA